GUCUAGCUACACACUUAACUGUUUGGUGUCGGUGAGAGUAAUCCGGCUAAAUUCAUAUUAACUUUGCGGAAGAGAAACAUGGAUAUAAAUAUUACUGCCUACGUGAUAUUUCUAUGGAUUGCUUUUAAUCAAACAAUGGGUGAGGAUAUUCAUUGUAGCCGUCAUGAUGCUUCCAACAAGUAUUUAUCGGAGGGGUUCCUUACUUUUGAAAGCCUUGGUUUUCAACAGUGUUCAAAGCAGUGUUUAUUAAGAUCACGCUGUUUUAUUCUAAGCUACAACAUUCCAAACUCUACAUGUGCACUUGGAACUAAUGAUACAUCAUUAAUAGACACUGCUCCGUCUUUUAAACACGUUAUUAGAAGGAGAUCGGAAUUAUCGGCAUUUGAAAAUGUUUUGUUAAAAUCUUGUGGCGGACAUUCUUGUGAAAUAAAAGCAAUAUGUAUAGAACUUUCCAGUGGGAGGUCUACCUGCGUACUUGAAUGUGGUAGGCCUCCGGCAAUUGCAGGUGCGAACUCGCCUACUUCAAUUGACAGCGGACUGGGUUCCCGAUUGACCUAUAAGUGUAAACCUGAUCAUGUUUCUGCAGGAAAGUCAGACAUCAUGUGCCAUCCCGACGGACAUUGGUCAACGCCAUUGCUUACGUGCACUUUCUGCGACCCCGGUAAUUUCACAUUUGAAGAAAGUCUAAAUUUUUGUUACAUGGUGGAGAACACAACGACUGUAAUUUAUGACGAUGCGAAGACACAUUGCAGUACCAUUGGAGGCAAAUUGGCAAAACUGGACAGCCCGGCCAAGGUCAACUUUAUGGUAACCAUCACAUCAAACGCGAGUAUAAACAAUAUUUUCUAUGUGGACGGAAAUGACCGGUCGGUGGAGACAGUGUGGGUGUAUGAUGACGGCACACCGGUCGAUAUGGCUUUGUUUUCCUCGGGGAGACCGUUCUCUAAUAACAAUACCAAUGACUGUGUCGCAUUUCAUAAAAAGUAUAAAUCUUUUAUUGAUGAAAAAUGCGGCAAGGUAAGACAUUUUAUAUGUGAACUAGCUUCAAAUGUGUAGUGUUUGUCCUAUCAUUUUUGUGGACAUGUAUAUAAUGUAUAAUAUGAUUGAUUUUUUUUCUAAGCCGCGCUUGUUUCGAUCGUUAUCAUUUGUGCAUUUAAAGUAAUAUCUUACUGUUGUUGUUUACUUCUGUAUAAACCAUAUAUCAAACCAUAAAUGUUCAUGUGAUUCAAAAGUGUUUGUAUCUAUAUAUUGAAUUGCAAAUAUCGAUGUGAUCAGUGUGUAUACAAAUAUUGCAUAAAUUUAGUUCACUGAGGCCAUUUAUUAUUGGUUGGAUGUCCGGGAAAAUAGACUCCUGAUUUGAUAAAAAAAAUAUUGUUAAAGGAUUAAAAAUUGUAUUAUAAACAAAAGUUUUUUCAAUAUUGAGUUUGACCAACAACGUAUAGGUACAGCGAUGUGUAAAAAUGUGACUCCCGUUUAUAAAACACUCGUUCUUUGAUACUAAGAAGAACCAUUUCACGAAAAAACGGUGAAAAUUAUGUUGGUAUAAUUUUUUCAAAUUACUUUAGAAACAAUCUUUGUGUGUCUUUGCUCGAUGAUCCUGAAUUUUAAACUCUGAAUCAGGUUGCUGGCCUUUUUUUCCCUGCGCCUAUCAGGAUCCUUUCUUUGAUUGCUUUUGUGGGCUCUGCUGGUAAUGACAGUUUGCUUGCGGUCUUAUCUUAAUGAAACCAUGAGGCGAGGUUCCCUAUCUCGUCUGUUUCUGUCCAAAGAGAAGGGUAAACGGGACAUUCUCUCACAAUCUGUCUCCAGGUGGAUCUGUGGUUAUCCGUCUUGCCUAUAUGAUAAUUCCUAUAAAAAGAUCCGUGGGUUGUAAAAGCCCAGGGCUCAUUAAGGUUCGUGCUCACUAGCUACGCCUUGGGCUCUCCUUACUGGGUCCUCCUUUCAGGAAGUCAUGUCUGCUGCCUUUUGGCGUGCUCAAACUAUUUAAACUGACUUCUAUUUGAGAUAUUGGUCAUCCGAUUCCGAUGACCUCUUUUCCUUUGGUCCUGCUGUGGUGGCUCAGCCUGUGGCUGUUCCCCAUUCGCCACGUCAGUUAUCCACGGGCCUUUACCCUUUUACAUAUGCCCUGUGUUAGAUAGAUGUUUCGCUCGAAUGUUCGAGUCACCAAUACGGUAAAACGAAUUUGCAUAUAAAAGCUAUGUUUCGGGCAGUUCGCUAAAGGCUAUUUACUUUUAAGAAUAAUUUGAUAAUAUUUUGUAUUACCUAUAUUUUAGUCAAUUGACUUCAUUGCCACUUUUUAAUGUACAAUACAUUAGUGUAUAUUUUGUUAAUUUUUAUCCUUUUGCUAUUUCAGAAUUGUAUGUAUAUUUGACUAUGAUAGUGCUUUAACCAUAUCCUUGAGUAACACUUGUGGGACAUGCAAGCGUCCAUUAUCAAUUUAUGUUUUAGGAUUACUAAGUUUUAAAUCACAAAGUAUGUGAUGAAGCUAUAUAAUUUACUUUUUCUUAUCUAGAUAGAACAUGGUGACCUAUGACUGUGAUAUUAUGUACAUGUAUACUUAUCUUACACAGAUCCUGUAUUAUUUUAUAAUUGUCGUAAAUUUGAUGUAAAUAGUUUACAUUUUCUCAUGCUUGACCAUAUGUUAGACGAGUCUUUGACUCAAUAUGUCAUCGAAUUGAAAUAAAGACUUUUAUGAUGGUACAAUGUAGUUAUUACAGAAAGGAAAAAUGAGCUUUCUCUUGUAAAACUAAUUUUCACGAUGUAAUCAUUAGUUACCAUUACUUUACAUAGUCCUUUCCUCUUAUAUAAAAAAUACUACCCUUCCUCUUCAUCAUACGCCUCAAAGAAGGACGCGCGCGUUUCCUGUCAUGCGUACGAGUAUGGGCAGGUCACAGGGCCUCCCAUUGGAGGUUUGGGGUUCUCUUUCCUUUCAAUUAGAUACAAAUGAAUGCGAGUAGUGGAAAGGUAUGCAUAUCAUCAAAACUUGUUUUACAAGAAACAAAAAAUCGAUUUUGUCGUUUAUUCUAAAUGCCAGAAAUCGAACAUAUGUAUACAUUGGCGCUUGAAUUUUUUUAUUUUUUUUUAUAAUAACUGAUCUGUAUAUUUAAUGAUAUUUGAUGGCAUAUUGUACAGAAUAAAAAAAAAAUGAAACAAUUGUUAUGAUCGAGUGUGGUACUCGAACAUAACAAUGGUGUCUUAAAAAAAAUUGUAACGACAUUUAUAUUCCAUAUAUAUCUGCUUUGAAAUUAAUCAAUAUUUUCUCGAUGUUAAUCUAGUUCAUUCAGAAAAUCAUCAUUUAAGUUAAGUACUUUUAUUUGGCUUACUUAAUUGGAGAUCGAGUUGUGGACGUUUCCAGCGUGUAUUUUACAUCAUACUCUGAAUAUAUAUAUAUUAUCAUGUAUUUUCAAACUUUGUUGCUUCUACUAUGUUGAUCAUUUUUUUAGACUAUAGUCACUCUUAUGAAUAUUCUUUUUGUUUUUGCUAGUCAGAAUUGCUACAUAAACUCUUA